UACUCGGGAGAACUUUUUGUCUUAACAGUGGAGAAGAAAAUACACUCGUAAAUCUCCAUUAACACAUCUAUCUCUCUAUUCAUCCCUCUCUACAUGCCAUAGUAAACACUACUAGAAAUCAAGAAACCCUUAUGCAAUGUCCGCCUCAUCUCAAAAUCUCUUAACAAAUCCACGUUCAUCGCAUCCUAAUCACAAUCUCUGCUUCUACUGCAAACACCACAAACCCAACAUCCAAACCUCUACGGUGAGAAUCCCAAUUCUCAAUCUUUCAAUCGCACAAAAACAACGUUUUAGCAAAAACCCACUACCACAUUUCAAAUUUGAAAGACCCCCGAGUUCUUUAGCCUCAAAUUGGCCAAUCAGAGCUUAUAAUGAUUCAGAAGUGUUUUCCCCAAAACAGGAAAGUUUCAAUUUUGAUGUUAUUCUUUCAAUUGCUGAAGUAUUAUGUUUAAUUCCAUCAGCAAUUCUUUCAAUUGGAUUUGCUAUAAACUGGGGGUACUCCAAGAAAUCAUUACAAGAGUUAGUAGUGAAUAAUAAGGUUUUUGUAUGGCAAUUUGGUUUGUUAAUUGGUGCUGUUUUUAUUGGUACUUUGAUUCGUAGAAGACAAUGGAGUAGAAUUGUUACUGAUUCUGUUAAAUCCAGAAUUGGUCCAAGUUUUAAUCUCCUUGAAAGAAUUGAGAAAUUAGAAGAGGAUUUAAAGAGCUCUGCUACUAUUAUCAGGGUUUUAUCAAGGCAACUUGAGAAAUUGGGAAUUAGGUUUAGGGUUACUAGGAAAGCUCUUAAAGAACCUAUCUCUGAGGCGGCAGCUCUUGCACAGAAGAACUCAGAGGCUACUAGAGAGCUGGCAGCGCAUGAAGAUCAUCUUGAGAAAGAACUUGGUGAAAUUCAGAAGGUCUUGUUGGCAAUGCAGGAACAGCAACAAAAACAGUUAGAGCUGAUUCUGGCUAUAAUGAACGCUGGGAAGCCAAGGGAAAUGAAGCGUGAGUUUCUUUCAGAAGAAGAUACAAGAGAGAAAGUAAAUUCAGAGAAAAGGGAGUCAAAACAGAUGAAAACCCAAAUGAAAAUUGAUAAGCACGACAUUGAAAGAGUUUAGCUAGGGGUUUCUGAAUUGCAGAAUUUCAGAUGGACUGAGUCUGUGACAUGGUCGAGCAACAACGUCCUGUUCAUUUGCACUUAACGAUUUUUGAGGUCUUUAUCUGUGAAGUUACCUAAAAUCCGCAUUCAAUCUGAACAAAGAAUUUGUGCCGUGGCUGUUUCUUACUGGAUAGGAGUUCCUUGUGGAUAUAUUCAUUGGCGAGAGGUCACACAACGGGUACAACAGUGGCUGCUCCAGGAUGAAUAUUUUGGUUUUGUUGUCAGUUUUUGCCCUAAAUUUUAUUAGGUGUCUUAUCGUUCAUGUAUUUCAGCUUGUACUUCUCUUAUUUCCUUGAUCCAUUUUUUUUCUUUCCCUGAACCAUACUUUCUUAAAGAAAUUUCAGAAGGAUGGGUAUGUAACUAUGUAGCAUGCAAUAAAGACGGUAGACAUAAAGAUUAAAAAGGUUACAGUUCAGGAAA